UGAAAACCGUGGCAUGUGCAGUAAGCAUGUGCGUUUGUGAGAUGUACCUCGUGAAAGCUGGAACUACUGGAGCCACUAGAGAAAGUUUAAGUUUGUGCGUUGUUGACCAAAUAACCACACAUACACCUACUCACCUACCUGUACAGUUGUUCUACUUCAUGUGAAAUUUUGGCAUCUCGACAUUAAAGCGAUGUUCCUGAAAUGGUUGGAUUAGUUCCUGUGUUCUAACCGACACACCACAGCGACUACAGCGUAUUGCAAGUCUGCUUUCUUCAUAACAAUUUUUGGUCCUUCGAGCCGGAACGCAGUGGUUACUGUGGAACAUGUAUCCUUACUCCAAACAGCAAGCUGGAGCGACCUAUCCAAGAAGACAGUCGCGCCCUCCGCGUUACUUAGAAGAUUAUGAUUUAAGCUAUGCAGGCUACAGGGUUCUAGAAGCAUCAUCUUCACUGUGGCCAGGAGUACUGCACACAAUUUACCAAAAAGAGGAUUAUGAUGCCAGCAGAAUGUUGUUACCUCAAACUCUGCAAGCGCAAGCAACACCAAAUCGUAGAGAUCUAGAGAUAACUUCACCAGGAACACAGAAUAAUUCUCAUAGAAAGCUACAGCUUGAGAGAGACUAUGAACACUCACAAUCAAAGACAGCUUGCCUUUCUAAUAUUAGUCCUGGCUCAUUAAGAAGGGCUGGACCAGUUCCUGCACCACGGACUGUCUAUCGAACACCAGUGCCAUCUCCUAGGACUUCAAAUGCCCCUUGUAACUACAACUACAAUGAGGACCUGCCAAGAAUGCAGAAACAGUGGGAAGGAGAUAAUGUAAGUAAUAACAGUUUUAAUGCACCUUUAUCACCUGUCCACGAGCAGGAGGAUCCUCAACCUAGCCAGGAGUCUGAUGCGAUGAUUGACCUAAUGGAAGAGAUGGUGGCAAGGAUGCGUGAAAUGAGAGCCCAAAGUAGACAAGCCAGAAUUCCAUCCUGCUCUUCUCCACCUAGACCAGAUUCCCUUUCCCAUUUGAAUCGUGAUGCACUUCCUCAAAGGACACCAACCAGGCAACAUCCACUCUUACAUCAGUACUGUGUGGAUCCUAACACACCUGCUCCUACUCCUCUUCCUCGUCCGCCUCACCAGCCUCCUCCGCAGCCAUUUCACCAGUAUAUCCUGCAACCUCCUACAUCCACAGAAUGUGAUCAGUACACUCUUGAUCAUCCCCAGCGGGAGUACUUUCCACAGGCACAAGAGACCUUCUAUAGGGGACCUAAACCUUCAAUCCCAGACUUCAUCCAUAAAGAUCCCAGUGAGUUUGCACGGCUCAAGAUAGCUCUAACCAACCUUCUCCCUGCAAGUAGUACAGAGCUAUUCAAGUACCAGAUUUCGGUUGAGCACCUGAAGUUAGAGGAAGCCCGUUUAAUAGCUGAUGCAUACCUGAACUCUCUUUACCCAUAUAGUGAUACCAUGGCAGCUCUUACUGAGAAAUAUGGACAACCUCAUCAAUUGGCUUUGAAGAAAAUUUCAGCAGUCAUGAACUCUCCAGCAAUUCGUAAUGGGGAUACAGAAGCUUUUGAGAAGUUUGCUUUAAAUGUGCAAGCAUUAGUAGGUAUGCUGGGAACCAUAGGGCCUGAGGGUGACGUUGAACUCCGAUGCGAAUCUCAUGUAGCUCGUCUGUUGACAAAGCUUCCACCAGACCUUCGGGCGAACUUCCGCAGACACAUGCUGCAUAGACCAGGAGCGACCUAUAUUUUACUUGAUCUCUCAACUUGGUUAAAAUUUGAAGUGUGGUGUCACGAUUCAGGAGGACAGCCCAGACAAGUGGAGAAACACAGAGAACCUAAAUGUGGACCAAAACCAACUACGGUCUUACUUGGAGCAAACCAAAGCUCUGCGACUGAGACUUCCAACCCUUCUAUAGAUGAGCCAUCAGAGAAGAAGAAAGAAAAGCCUAAACCUUACUGCCCAUAUUGUGAAAAUACAGAGCACUUCCUUAGUCAAUGUCCCACAUUCCAGCAGUUCACUAAAGAGCAAAUUAUAGACUGGAUCAAAACCAAGAAACGAUGCUGGAGGUGUGGACGUUCGCAUCAAGCAGAUCAGUUUAAUCUCAAAACCCUGCAAUAUAUGUAA